GAGAAUCCUCCUAUUGCUAUUCCACCUUCUUUCUGUAUGAGUCAAGUAUAUCAUACCCAGUUCCUCCCCGACUGAUAAAGUCCGCUAUGCCGUCGCGGGCUUCGUCACAUGAUCAGGAGAGCCCCAUCUCUUCACCUACAACAGCUUCUCAACACAAUAACUUGGCCAUGCGCGAUAGAAGCGAAGCCCCUGAUGGUGCAUCUAAGAGAAAGAGGGCUUUAACGAAUGGGGCUGGUCCAUCGACUUCACGCCGUCGCACACAGGAACCCGAGGUCGUCUCAGACGACGACGACGACGAUGAUGAUGAUGAUGAUGAUGACGAAUCAGACCAAUACGACCCUGACCAGCCAUUGGAAGAGAGGCGAAAGGUACAGCGAGGGUAUCGAGAUCUCCUUCGUGGUCUGCACGAGAACACAGACGAGCUCUCCAAUCCAAGAUCCUUGUUUCUUCAUGAGACCGUAGCUCGAGCGAAUCAGCUGUCACACCAUGUCAAGCAGACUGGCGAGGCCAUCAUCGAUUCAAAGUUGCUUGUCGCCGCUGCCGAUGCCUCGUAUAGGAGAGCCGCACGCUUGGCCAAUGGAAACGUUGCUCAAGGCAUCGACGUGGAUGAGUUUGUCUCCAAGUGCAUAACGUAUAUGAGACUGGGCGCAGGGAUCACGGAAGACGACGCGCCCGAGCUCACAUCGACUCAGCAACAACGGAGGCGGCCCUCGGGAAGAAAUGCCGAUGACUCUGAUGAAGAUGAGAUUGGGGACGAGGGCGACAUGAUGAAUUGGGAGCAUUUAGGGCGAUUCGCGUGCGUCCCAAACAUUCGACGACCAGCCGUGCCUGGUUUUCUUCUCGGGCCACUUUCAGUCGAAAAGAAGGUCCGAAAAGUAGUGAAGCGUAGCGCGCCUUUCAGAGCUGAUAACCUCCGAGAGACAAGGCCGGAGAUUUUGAAUGCCGAGGAUGUUCAGCGAGCCGAAAAGAACGAUUUGACAGCCAUUUGCGCCAAAAUACUUCGACGCCUACAAGAGGUUCAAGAGAGCGCGCAGACAGAAGUCGAGGCCGCCUUUGAGCAUCAUGGUGAUGAACAAGCCCAAAGGUUGAUGAAUAAGUAUGGUCUAAGGGACACAGGGGGCAUCGACUUGUUAAAAUUCGUUGUUAACCCGAAAUCAUUCGGCCAGACAGUGGAAAAUAUGUUUUAUGUUAGUUUUCUGAUACGAGAUGGAGCUGUUCAAAUCGAGUUUGAUGGAAGCGGACUUCCAUCACUACAACCUACGGCUGGCCAAGAUCCCAACGCCACAAAACGUGAUGCGCAAAGACAUCAAGCCGUAUUAUCAAUUGAUAUGCAGAUGUGGCGAGACAUUAUUGACGCCUUUGACAUCACCGAACCCAUAAUCGAACACCGGAAAGAACAGAGCACUCAGGGUCCCGGGGCACGGAGUUGGUAUAGCUGAUGUCGUUUCUUUUCGAGCCGCGAUUCGGUUCGCGCUAUCCGAACCUACCCAACUUUUUACGUUGUUCAUGAAUAUACCUUUCAUUCAACAGUACCAAAAAGGGUGAUUUGAGAGAGCAAAUUCUGUACAAUAUGC